UUCCGAUAUAAAACGGACGGAUGAUAACAGGUCCCUAGUUCUUGUGACAUUGCAGCACUAGGUUGUUGUGUUUAUUAUAACCGGGAAAAUUUCCGAACGUGAUACUUAAGCUUUAUCGGAUUGCAUUUUAAAAUGACCACGUACACAGAUAAGGGAAAGAAACCUGAAAAUGGAAAAUUCUUGGCGUUUGACCAUCUUACCUUUUGGGUGUCGAAUGCCAAACAGGCCGCCAGUUACUACGUGACAAGGUUCGGGUUCGAGCCACUGGCCUUUAAGGGUUUGGAGACCGGCUCCAGAAAUUUGUCUUCGAUUGCUGUCAGAUUAAAUAAGAUCGUUUUCGUCCUCCAAGCUCAAUAUGAGCCUGAAGACUCCCAGCUAUCAAACGAGGUGGCUUACCACGGAGACUUCGUGAAGGAUGUGGCCUUCCAAGUGGAGAACCUGGACUACAUCCUGGCGUAUGCCAAGAAACAAGGCGCUGUUGUAGUGAAGGAUCUUUGGGAGGAACGCGAUGAAUUCGGCGUGGUCAGAAUGGCCGUUUUGAAGACGUACGGCGACAACACACACACUUUGGUCGACCGAACCAACUACAGAGGGCCUUUUUUGCCUGGAUACCAACUGUUACAACAGGAUCCUAUCAACAAAUUGUUGCCUAAAGUGGAGAUCAACUUCAUCGACCACGUGGUUGGCAACCAGCCUGACGGCGACAUGGAAACAACCGCGUCGUGGUAUGAACGCUGCUUACAGUUCCAUAGGUUCUGGUCAGUGGACGACAAGCAAGUCUGCACAGAGUACUCAGCGCUCCGUUCUGUCGUAAUGGCCAACUGGGAGGAAACCGUCAAGAUGCCCAUCAACGAACCGGCUCCGGGCAAGAAAAAGAGUCAGAUCCAGGAGUACGUGGAGUACCAUGGGGGCGCUGGGGUGCAGCAUAUAGCUAUAAAUACGGAGGAUAUCAUUACGGCGAUAACAAACCUGCGUGCCCGCGGAGUCGAAUUCCUCUCAAUCCCUUCAAAAUACUAUAAACUGAUUCGUCAACAACUAGCGCACAGCAAAGUGAAAGUAGCAGAAAGCAUAGACAUAUUGGAGAAACUGAACAUUCUGAUAGAUUACGAUGAUGAUGGGUACCUGCUUCAGAUCUUUACGAAGAAUACUCAGGACCGACCCACGUUGUUCUUGGAGGUUAUACAGAGGAGGAACCAUAAUGGUUUCGGUGCCGGUAACUUCAAGACCCUAUUCGAGUCGCUCGAGUUAGAACAAGAGAAACGAGGCAACUUGUAACAUAAUUUAAUGUUUCUGUAACUACAAGGUCAGCAAGUCGUCAGGCCACUCAGGCCGGAUAACUUGAUUAAUGCAAAUUUUAGCGUGAUCUGCGCAUUUAUUACAUCUUAUUAGAUUAUUUGCCAUUUUAAAAUAAGAAAACAUAUUUGUUCUGUUAUAUCUUUCUAUAAAAUCAAUGAUUUUUACUGUAAUUUUGCAUAUCACCAUUGUGUCACCUUUUAUGAUAGAUGUUUAUUUUUAGUUUAAAAAGUUGCCAUACUAGUAUGUAAAUAUAAAAUAAAAAUAUUAUAAUUUGCA